CUAGCAACACGGUAAGGGCGGAAACUAAUGACGCAAGAUCUACCGAUAGGUAGGAGAAGAAACUGAACCCAAAGAAAGUACUUUGCUUUUAGAUCCCGAGCACGAAUGCAAAUAUCGCAUCGGGAUUAUUCAGCAGAACAAAAUCCUGCCUAAUAACUUCGUAUGCCAAGAAUAAGAGUCCUCACUCUCGGGCGUUUGUGGUUGCAAGAAGGUGGAAGCUCAUUUAGUAUUUUAGGGUCUUUAUUUUCAGUAUUUAUCAAUGGACAAAGCACAUUUUACACAACAAACCCAGGACAUCCUGUGCUGUUUUUUCGAUGAGCCAUACCUGGAGACGGACGCAGACGAGUUCGACCCGGUGAAGAUAGCCAACAAGUUGAAGCAGUUAGGAGACCACUACGAUGAGACGGUCAUUCAGCCCCUCAUGCGUAACAUCCAAAAAGCUUCCGCCACUGACCAGGCGGCGGUGUUCACAGACAGCGUGGACGUCCUGUGUAAUUCAUGGGUGGCUGAAGGACCUGAAGUUACCCGUGAGAAGUGUCUCCUGAAAGCUACAAUGGCACUAUCACUAUACAUAAAGAAUAACUGCCCAGACCUCACUUCAAAUGUACGCGGUGCCAUAUUUAACAUUCUCAACAAUCGUCUGGGGGGUUGGAUCAUGCAGCAGGGAGGAUGGGGGCAAUUAUAAAACCAAUGGGAAGAAUGUGAUGUCACUUCUUUCUCAGGAAUUUUGUCUGUGAAACACAAGAUAAAAACAGUAAAGAGACCAAGAUUUUCAAAUGGCUACAACUCAACAAAUGAAGUAUGAAAAAACACCUUCAAAUAAUGUAUGAUACGUGGAUGCAAUUAUGCCUUUUUUUAAUUCAGCUACCAAACUACAGACGUUACAAUAAUGGCCAUUGGACUUCCUGACUUUCACUUUACUUUCACUUUAGCACAAUCUGCACUUGUUUCACAAACUUGAAUCAUGGUCUGGGUGACUGUAUUGAUCUUGUUAACAACUAGUAGAAUUAUUUCAACAACAAAAAAUUGUUUACUUUUCUUUUUUUUUAUUUUAAGAACUACUAAUGUCCCUAAUGGUGCAUUUCUAACAGAUUAUCAUUGAACGAGAAAUUGUUGAAAUUUGUAUAAUAAAAAAGACAGUGUAUGUCUGA